CCUUCAUCGACAUCCGUCGACCUGCCAUCAAGCAUAGCUACCUGCGCAUAGUAUGACACUCUUUCCGGUCAAGGUGCUAUCAGGCUACAGAAUCAAGUUCGGGAACACGAGUAUCUUUGUUCUGAAACGCAAAUAUUUCCUUACGUUCUGUCCUGGUCUCGAGGCGCUCGUACCUCAACAGCUGUCGUGUUUUCUCACAGCUUUAAUCCAGCACAGAGAAUUGUGGUUGACCACUGUACCACUACCCAUACUCCAUCUCCAAAUAUGUACAUGAGUGGCCCUCAAUGACCUCAAUUGACAACGUUUCACGUUCGGUGGCUCUACAUGACUCGGAAAUCGUCUCGGGCCCAUCGACCCAUGUCCGAAACACUUUCUCAACGGCGAAUUCAAACGGACAAGUACAGAUCCACAUAGCGAUUGCAUCAUCUAUCAUCGCGCUUGGAAACAUUCCGAUCAUACUCAAAGUUGGGGAACUCUGUAUAAAACUGCUACUCCGUGAAUCACCAACCCAGUUCCUCGCACUUCUUCACAGUAACAUGUCGCGACAUCCCAGGUCGGUCCCAAGCAUCAUUCUCUACGAUAUACCCGGUCAUUCUCCCCAGCCUUGGGCUCCCAACAUUUGGCGUAUACGAUUCGUCCUGAAUUUUAAGCGACUACGCUACCGAACAGUAUGGGUCGAGCUUCCCGACAUAGAAGCUACGCUUCGGUCUAUCGGUGCUCCUCCUAGUUCUUACCACAGUGACGGAAGACCAGUUUAUACCCUGCCGGUUAUCGUAGACCCAACCCGUAGUUCAACUGCGCCCACGGUUCUUUCUAAUCCGAACAAUAUUGCCGAGUAUCUAGAGUCGCUCUACCCUGCCCGACCGAUAUACCCGGAGGGCUCGCGCGCUCUUCAGAUCUUAUUCGUCCACUAUAUCCAGGAAGUGUUUGCGAAACCUCUUUUGACCAUCAUGGUUCCCCUCAGUUAUCGUGGUCUUACCCAACGUGGCCAAAGCUUUGCUCAUCCCUCUACCCAUUCUUUGCCUCCCGGGCCCGAACGUGAAAGGGCUUGGAUGUUGGUUAAAGAGCAGUUCGAUUUCCUCGCCUCGGUCCUCGACAAGAAUGUUGGUGAUGGCGACGGCGUCUGUGCCAUGGGCCACCAUGUCUCCUAUGCAGAUUUCGCAUUGUGCUCCGUCCUCAUCUGGAUUGAGAGCAUGGCUGCGCUCGACGGUUGGUCCAGAGUAAGGGAAUGGAACGGCGGACGUUGGCUUCGCUUGAAAGAUAGGUGCAAGGAUUACAUGGACGUUUGUUGAUAUUCCGUCGUCUGUUUUCCUUUUUUCCUUACAUUUUCUUCGUGGCAUCCCUUUGCUCUCUAAAUGCUUAUACUCAAUAUCUUUGGUAAUCGAUAACAUUUUUAGAAUAUAUUUAUAGGAUAAACUCUUUACACACUAUAUUUUUUUUUAUCGUUAUAACUUAUUCUUGAUGAUGAAUAGACAAUGAAACGAAUAUUGCACUC